GCCGAUCCCAACUCCCUUUACUCCUUCCCCUCCCACCUCCAACCCCUCUUCGACGACUCUGAUCUCAUCCGCUCCCCCCUCUCCUCCCUCUUGCUCACCCUCUCCGCCUCCUCCCGCCGCCUCAUCGUUGUACACGACCACCUCAUGUCGUUCGCGGGUUCUGAAGCCGCUUCCAUCCCCAACGCCGAGUCGUACGAUUUCUAUAGCCCUUCUGCCGCCUUUCUCUGCGAAGUUGAGCUGAUGAUGAUGCAGCAAACCGGUUUGGACGAGCUAUCGUCACCGGAUUUCAUGAAAUUUGUUGAGCGAAGGUGUAAAGAUGUGGUCCCGAGCUGCGGCCUUAUCAUCAAUACUUGCCGAGAGGUUGAGGGGGAAUUCCUCGAUUUUCUUUCCGCAAGGGAGGCUUAUUUCGGCAAGCCCAUAUUCGCCGUCGGGCCGCUC